UCUCUCUGCUCCACCGCGACCGCGGAAAAGGAGACCAGACACCGCACCAACGCAAACCCUCACCACUCUCUCCUCCGUCUCCCUCGCCGCCGGCGCCGCCGCCAUGCUCCGGCUACGAAGCUCCAUCCUCGCCCAUCUCCUCUCUUCUUCUCCGGCCGCCUCUCCCGCAUCCCCUCUCCACCGCCUCAUAUCCGCCGCCGUGCCCGCCAUUCCCCCGAACCCUAGUGGCUUCGCCGUGGAGGAGUACCUUGUCUCCACCUGCGGCCUCACACAAGCGCAGGCCGUCAAGGCCUCCACCAAGCUCUCCCACCUCAAGUCCCCCGCCAACCCGACGCCGUCCUCGCCUUCCUCGCCGGCCUCGGCCUCUCCGGCGCCGACGUCGCCGCCCUCGUCGCCAAGGACCCGCGAUUCCUCUGCGCCAACGUGGAGAGAGUCCUGGCCCCCAACGUCGCCGUGCUCACCGGCGCCGGGUUAUCGCAUUCCGAGAUCGCGCGCGUCCUCUCUCUCGGCCGCCCCCAAUUUCGUCACAGAGCCAUGGGUGUCAUAUCGGAUAUGCUGGUGUUGCUUGGUUGUCUUCACAUGGAACAUGAUGAUACGGAGAAUUGGUGAUAGCUGAUGCAUUAUGGUCUCUGCCAGUUAGAGUAUUCGUUUUAAUGUAUGCCUUGUGAAGCUAUGGGGUGAGCAAGGGUCAAGGAGUUUUGUGUGCAGUAUGUUAACCUCAUGAUGACUUGCCGGUUUGAUAAGGUUUUGUGCUAUUUAACUUAUUGCUGCUGAUUCUGGUGUUCUGAUUGUGUUAGUGAUUUUCCUUGAUGAAGAUCAGAUAGUGGCCUACGUGAGUUAUAUGAAACCUAUUCGAGAUUUAUCAAACUGCAUGGGAAAUAGAAAGGUCCUCCUUUUGAUGUGUUUGGGUGUUCUGCCUGUGUAUCUACCUUGCAACUGCUAUGUGUUCGCAGAGCUUAUGCCCUGUUUUACUCUCAUUUUUUUUAAACGUUUUCUUUGUGGAGCUUUUGGUUGGGGUUGCCUUGGGGAGUAUUUUGGGCGUUAUUUCACGUCUUAAAUAGACUAAGGCCAUCUCCAUGUUAAGAUACUUCUAUGUUCUCACACUGUAAUUGUUGAGCUGCGUGGAGCUCACCUCUACUAAUUAAUUUUCACUACAUGGUGAGCUUCAAAUCCUUGUGUAGUUUUAUGUUUGGUGUUUCUCUCUGUUUUUAACUUAUCAAUUAUUUAGAUCUAAUAGCAUAGGCCUUGCUUAGGAAGAUCAUAGUCAUUAAGGAGGAGCUAUUCAAUCAUUUAAUUGUUUAUUGUUCGAACUAAAAGGUUGAUUUUUAAUCUUUCCUCUUCAGCUGUUUGAAAAACAGAGCCACCUUAGCGACGGUAGAAUCGUCCUUUUGGAAAUAAGAGAUGGUAAGUUACCACAUUGCCUGAUUGGCUCUUUUUUUGUAACAACAACGAAAAGUAUGUUCAUAUAAACAGCUCGUCAGGGGAUUGGUAGUUACUCACUCCCUCCUCUUCAGUUUGUUCCUAAAAUAGAUAACCAAUCUGAACUUGAGGGGCCACAUAGAAAUGCUGGGCCAUGGCUAUGCUCCAUUUGCUCUCAGAAAAAUGAUACGAGUUGUAUAUCAUGUGAGGUAUGUGGCGUUCUUUGGGAUUUGUCUCUGUAUUUCAGUAACGCCAAUGAAGCUGAAGGUGGAG